AUGAACCACCAACAAGAAAAUAUCCCCAAUAAUACUAUUUCACACACAAACUACAACAACAAAAAAGAGAAACUAAAAUCUUUUCUUCUAGACUAUUCAAAUAAUCAACUACCACAACUUUCACCAUCAUCAUCAUUUCUUUUAAAGAGUAAUAAUAACAAUAUUAUUAAUUCUUUUUCCUCCUCCUUUGCUGAUACUUUGCAAUUCCAACAACACCAACUACAAGAACAUCAAAAUAAUCAUAAUCACAAUCAUUAUCAUUCUGAAUCUAAAAAUUAUAAUGUCAGUGAUAUUAUCCAACAAGAAGAAAAGAAGAAUCAGACACAAUCAUCAUCAUCAUCUCUUAUUGUUGAACAUAAUAAAAUGUCCAAUCCUCUAUUAUCUUUUGAUAACUUGAAUUCAUUAAUAUCAGGAUCGGUUGCAGGAGCCUUAUCUAGAACAUCUACUGCAGGAUUUGAAAGAUUAACAAUUAUACAACAAGUACAGGGUACUUGUAUCAACGCAAAAUACAAUGGAUGUUUUAAUGCAUUGAAAAACAUGGUAAAGAAUGAAGGAUUCCGGUCACUAUUCAAAGGCAAUGGAGCCAACAUUGUCAAGGUCUCUCCAAACAGUGGAAUUAGAUUCCUGACAUACGACUGCUGCAAAAACAUCUUUACUGGAAACGAUCCAUCAAGAAAACUAGGUCGUAUGGAAACUGUGGCAUCUGGUGCAAUGGCCGGAUUAACCUCUACCGUAUUCACGUACCCAAUCGAUCUCAUUAGAAUCAGACUCUCUCUACAAGGUUCUGGUAAUGAUUCAUUUAGUCUUGCCAACACUAGAUACUCUGGCAUUAGACAUGGACUCCAAACUAUACAUGCUGAAGAAGGUGUUAGAGGUUUAUAUAGAGGUUUGGGUACUGCUAUCAUGAGUGUAGCUCCAUGGGUAUCAUUAAGUUUUCUAAGUUAUGAAGGAUUUAAAUCAAUUGUAAAAAACAAUGAUAAUAUAAACUCUUUAAUAUACAACAACAACAAUAAUGUAAAUAAUAAUGUAAAUAAUAUAAAUAAUAAUAAUAAUAAUGUUAAUAAUAAUAGUAACCAAGAAAAAAGUAAAGGAAUGGUUGUGGAUUUGUUAUGUGGAGCAGCAUCAGGUGCCUUCACAAUGACGGUGUGUUAUCCACUUGAUGUACUUCGUCGUAGAAUGAUGGUACAAGGUAUUGGAGGUGAUAGAGUGAUCUACAAGAAUGGUCUCGAUGCUCUUCGAUCCAUCUACAAGACCGAGGGAAUCGCUGCAUUCUACAAGGGUAUCAAACCUGCCUAUCUAAAGGUUGUUCCAACCGUUGCUAUUUCAUUUGCAGCCUAUGAACUAUGUAAAGAACUAUUAGACACACAAUAUAGAAACACCAACGACGAUGAUGACUGUUGCCAACAACAACAUUAA